AUGGCAUCAUCAAGAGUUUAUAUUGGUCGACUUGCUCGUGAUGCUACCAAGCGCGAUCUUGAGCGUUUGUUCAAGAACUAUGGUGACAUUCGUGAAAUCAAUGUAAAGACUGGCUUUGGCUUUGUUGAAUUCAGUGAUGAAAGAGAUGCCAAGGAUGUUGUCUAUGAUUUCCACGGCAAAAGUUUCCUUGGUGAACGUUUGAUUGUCGAAAUCGCUCGUGGUGCUCGUCGUAAUGAUGAAAGACGCAACAAUGGCAAUGACCGUCGUCGCUCUCAUUACAGAUUGAUCGUUGAGAACAUUGCUUCUGGAACAAACUGGCAGGAUCUCAAGGAUAUGAUGCGCAAAGCUGGUGAGGUUACUUUUGCUGACAUUUCUCGUGAUCGUCCUACCGAAGGUAUUGUUGAAUUUGCCGUUCGUGAUGAUAUGGAAUAUGCUUUGAAAAAGUUGAAUGAUCGUGAAUUGAACGGUCAGCGUGUUACUCUUCGCGAGGAUACUGGCCGUAAUGAUAGAAGCAGUGGUCGCUCUUCUGCUCGUCGCUCUCGUUCGCAAUCCAAGUCUCGCUCUCGCAGCCCUCCUCGCCGCCGCAGACGCUCUCCCUCUGAGUCUCGUAGCCGUAGUCCUCCUCGUCGUAGAAGACGUUCUCCCUCUCAAUCUCGCUCUCGCUCUGCCUCCAGAUCCAGAUCUCCUCCUCGCAAGAGAGAGAAGCGUGAUUCCUCUGAUCGUGAAGAUAGCCGUGACAGAAGAAGAAACAAGUCUGAAUCAAGAUCCAGAUCUCGUUCUCCUGCCAAGUCUGCUGGUUCCGCUCAGUCCCCUGCUAGAUCUCCUGCUCAAUCUCCCGCUCGUAGUGAGGGAAGUGCUCCUAGAGAAGAUUAA